CACUGGAAAUGUCCGAAAACCUGUUGGCUUUUUAGUUAAAUUUGUGGAGAAGAGCAGGCAGGCGCAGUCAGGCAAGAUGAGCAAGGAAAUCCGUUUGGCCACCGUCAACGAGCACAACAAGGCCACGGAUCUGUGGAUAGUCAUCGACAACAAGGUCUACGAUGUGACCAAGUUCCGGCUCGAGCAUCCCGGUGGCGAGGAAUCCCUGGUGGAUGAGGCCGGUCGCGAUGCUACCAAGGCCUUCAAUGACGUGGGUCACAGCUCGGAGGCGAGAGAGAUGCUGAAGAAGUACUACAUUGGUGACCUGGCGGCUGCGGACAUCAAGAAGAAAAGCCCGAUUAGCUGCCGCCAUGUGGCACUGGCCCUGGGCGCCGCCUUCAUCGGCAUCUCGCUGGUCUAUGUCAUCCGACGCGGAGUGGCCAGGAACUAGUCUGCGGCCAGACUGCAUUACGAGAUUCCAGAUAUAUUCCCCCAGCUUGGGCACAUCAUUUUCCUCACACAUUUGAUACGAAAUAAAUUGUACAAAUUGCUUAAAUUACACAA